GGUCCCCGAGAACGGAUCGAGGCAGGAACGGAGAAGGGAGCCGGGUUCCGCGCGGACGGAACAAGAGGAAGGGGGAGGAGGGCGGGCAGGCAGCCCCUCCUGGAGCAGGUGGAGACCGACCAGUCGACGCGGGAGGAAGGGCGGGUGGACACCUGGCCGCCUGGCCGCUGCGGGAGGAAUGAUUGGUCGCAGGCACGUGCUCCGCCGUCUGGACAGGGGCCACGGUUCAGAAGAGUAAAAAUAAACAUCCAGAAGCGGGAGCGCGCGUGCUGGCGGGGCGUAGGAACAGAGAGGGCGGUAGCCACUCUGGAAACCGGUUUGGGCGUUUCUUUGAAAGUUCAGACCUGAGUUCACCACGCGACCCAGAAAUUCUACUCACAGGCACCCGCUCAAGGGAAAGAGGAACCCGUGUCUGCACAAGGACUCAUAUGACAAUGCUCGGAGCAGCUUUAUUCACAGAAGCUAGAGACUGGAAGUGGAUGAACGGAUAGCAGCGUGGGGUGCAUCCCGGCAGGGUGGCGCCCAGCGCCCAGAGGACGGGGGCCCUGGUGUGCGGGCACGUCCGCGGGGCUGGGGAGCGUGCCGCUUGGCGACAGAAGCAGACUUGAGACCCCACGGUGUGUGAUUCCUUUAGGAUGGAUCCAGCGCAGUCUGCAGUCACGCUCACCGUCCGGGAAGCACUUCAUACCCUUUCCUCUUCUGAGGAUGGCGGCCGCCUCCUUUCCACCCUGGGGGCCCUGAAGCGGUAUCUCAGUGGAGCAAAGAACUCAGCCCUUCCCGGGGAGCAGGAGGAGUUUGCCAGGAUGCACUUUUCCGCCGUUCUCCGAUGUCUAGUGGGCAGGCUGAGCCCAGGCUGGCUGGAGCUUCUGCCCGAUGGCCAGCUGGAGGACCUGUGGGCCAGCUUUUUCCUGGAGGGCCCUGCUGACCAAGCCUUCCUGGUGCUGAUGGAGUCCAUUGAGGGUGCUGCCGGCCCGAGCUUCCGUCUGAUGAAGAUGGCGCAGCUGCUGGCCAGGUUCCUGAGCGCGGGCAGGAUGGCCGCGGUGAUGGAGGGCCAGUCUCGGCAGCUGACGGAGCCGGCCUUCCGCCUGCUCCAGGAGACGCUCCUCACCAAGGUGGUGGGCUUGCCCGACCACCUAGGCAACCGUCUGCAGCGGGAGAACCUGGAGGCAUUCCUCCCCCAGAAUUACUUCCCUCUGCUCGGGGAGGAGAUCAUGCGGGUGCUGCAGGCGGUGGUGGACUCUCUCCGAGGUGGCUGGGACUGCUCCGUCUCCUUCCUGUCUCAGGUGCUCGGGAAGGCCUGUGUCCACGGGAGACAGAAGGAGAUCUUGGGUGUGCUGGUGCCGCAGCUGACGGCGCUCACCCAGGGCAGCUGCCUCUGGCGGCGCGUGUGCUGGCGCCUGGUGGAGUGUGUGCCCGACCGGGCCAUGGAGGCUCUGCUAACGGGACUGGUGGAAGCCGCCUCGGGGCCCGACGUCCUCUCGCGGCUCCUGGGGAACCUGGUGUUGAAGAGUAAGAAGGCCCAGUUUGUGAUGACCCGAAAAAUUCUGUUCCUACAGUAUCGAUACUCGACGCCCAUGCUACAGAGCCUGCUGGGGUACCUGGCCAUGGACAGCCAGCGGCGCCUGCUCCUCAGACAGGCGCUGAAGGAGCUCCUGGAGACGUGGGGCAGCCCCAGUGCCAUCCGCCAUACGCCUCUGCCGCAGCAACGCUACGUCAGCUCGGCCCUGCUCAUCUGCCUGGCGCACCUGCAGGACACGGAGCUCCGGGACAGCCGGGACGAGCUGCUGGCUAGCCUCAUGGCGGGAGUAAAGACUCGUCUGGACAGCAGCCUGCCCGCUGUGCGCCGCCUGGGCAUGAUUGUGGCCGGAGUAGCCAGCACCCGGAUCCACCCUGACGGGCCUCCCUUGAGGUUCCAGUACGAAGAGGAUGAGCUGAGCCGCGAGCUGCUGGCCCUGGCGGUGCCCCCGCCUGUGGCUGACAGCCCCUCGGAGGUGGAGGCAAGCCCGGCUGUAGAGACCCCUGACAGAGGGAGCACGGACGAUGACAUCCCCCAGGCCCAGUCGGAGGGCUCGGGCUCUGACCUGGACAGUGAUGAUGAGCUUGUCCCCUAUGACAUGUCGGGGGACCAAGAGCUGAAGAGUGGGAAGGCACCUGCCUAUGUCCGGGACUGCGUGGAAGCCCUGACCUCAUCCGAGGACUGGGAGCGCUGGGAGGCAGCCCUGCGAGCCCUCGAGGGGCUGAUUGUCAGGAGCCCGGCUGCUGCCCGCGAGGUGAGCGUGGAGCUGGCCAAGGUGCUCUUGCACUUGGAGGAGAAGACGAGCGUGGUGGGGUUUGAGGGGCUGCGCCAGCGAGCCCUGGUGGCUGUCGUGGUCACAGACCCAGCCCCGCGGCCUUUCGUGUGCCCGGCUCAGGUCGCAGAGUAUCUGACCUCACAAUUCUACGCCCUCAACUUCAGCCUCCGGCAGCGCAUGGACAUCCUGGACGUGAGUGCCUGGGGCCCUCUGUCCACUCGUCAGGCCCAGGUCCUGACUCUGGCUGCCCAGCAGCUGUCUCGGCCUGGGCGCCUCCCCAAGGCUCCCCAGUGUGGCUCCCCGAGUCCCGCCUCCCAGCCCAGCAGCACCCAGGCUCCCGCCUGGCGGGCAGUCAUGCAGGAGCGGAUCAGAAGCAAGACCCGGCGGUUCUCUCAGCGCUCUCCCAGGUGGGGGCCGGACGCUGGCCCCAACGAAUUCAACUUGGUGGCUGGCUACUUCUUCUUCCCCCUCAUUCGGCACUUUGACAGGCCUCUGGUGACCUUUGACCUUUUGGGAGAGGACCAACUGGUUCUUGGGAGAUUGGUCCACACCUUAGGGGCCCUGAUGUACCUGGCUGUGAACACCACGGUGGCUAUGGCCAUGGGCAAGGCCCUCUUGGAGUUUGUGUGGACCCUUCGCUUCCAUGGUGACGCCUAUGUGCGCCGGGGCCUGCUGUCCGCAGUCUCCUCUGUCCUGCUCAGCGUUCCGGCCGAGCGACUGCUGGCCGACCUGCCUGAUGAGCUGCUGGAAGCCCGGCCCUGGCUGGCGGGAGCUGGAGACAGAGCUGCACCCGCAAGGCUGCCUCGUGGAGGAAACCCGCCCCGCACAGGCCACCGUGUCACCUGGGCAAGGCCACCCCCAUGUCCAUUCCAGUGGACACCAGGCCCUGUGGUCAGGAAUGGUGCGUCCCGCUGGAAAUUGUUAGUUGUGCUCUUAGGUGCCUGCCUGCGUGCUGGGACGAGGCGCGGUGAAUAUACUAACACGCACAGUCCAUCGAGUUCUAGUGUUUUAGGUUUUACAAUUUGUACUUGGGAGACUGUCACGGAAAAGAUGAGCCAACUCCCUUCCUAG